UGGGGGUGUCCCAUCUCUCACUCAAAAGAAAAAGAAGAAACAAGGAAUAUAUAGUUUGAUCUUCUAAAGUUCUUUCCAGGCGUAUUAUAGCUAUAUAUCCUUCUUUAAUAUUAAUUCCCAUUAUUCAUUAUUUCUACUCUCGCUCUCUCUCUCUCUCCAUAAGAACAUGCAGGAUUAGCUAGAAAAUUAAUUUAUAUAUAGAUAGAUAGAUUUGAGGAAUUGAAUGAUCAUUGAAUUAGGAAAGAGUAUCGAUCGAUGAAGUCUCCUCAAUCAGCUCCCAGCCCUCCUCACCAAUACCCUCAAGCAAUCCAGCUCAAGCUUUAUCAAGCCUUUAUAUUUUCAAUUCCAAUCCUUUUCUCAAUCAUUCUAUUUCUCUUGUUCUACCUCUUUUACCUCAAGAGAAGAGCUAAUUUUUCACCUCAUCAGCAUCUUCUUCCCACCACAACUGCUGCUCCCGAGCUUAAUUGUGAGCCCGAUUUGAAAAAUGAAGUGAAGAACAAGCUCUGCCAAAUCCUGUAUGAUGACUGUAUGAAAUCAAGGGAUUCUUUGUGCUGCGUUUGCUUGGGAGACUUCGAGUUGAAAGAGGAGGUGCUUCAAGUGCCGGCAUGCAAGCACAUUUUCCACGUGGAAUGUAUCCGCCACUGGCUUCACAACCAUUCCACUUGUCCACUUUGUAGAGCCCCCGUCGCCGUCGCCGGCGCCGUUCACCACCACCACCAUAUAACUCAGGAAUCAACAACUACAGCUGCCUAGUUACUUACCACCUAUAAAUUAACACAUAGUUGUCUUGUAAUUGCAAUAUCGAAUGCAUGCAUGCACGAGUACUCCUACAAAGGUUGUAGUCGUCCAAUUUUGAGAUACAAAAUAAAAUUGAUGGUUUUUCAGAUA